GAGUCAGCUGAAAACAACAGAUCUGCCCCACCACACACGGGCACAAACAGCCAAGCCGCUCCUCAGAGUCCAGGAACCGCCAGCAGAAAGGCAGGGCCCUGCACUGCCCUCAGGACUGACGCCGGGGCCAGGGAGGGAGGGGAGCUCGUGUCCAGGAGGAGCCCAGCGCUGGGGAAGGAGAUCCAUCCCUGUCACCGUCGGGGCUGCCCACACUCUGGAGCCAGUAAGUGCUGUUUCUUCCUCUUGCAGUUUUUCCACUGCUACUAUCAAGUCACCUGGUCCCCUGGGCAACUCCCAUCAGCAGAAACUGCCAGUUCUACGCUCUCCAGGAAAAAAGUGCCCUCUUUCUGAGACCUCAUCCCACCAUCAAAGAUGCUGGCCAAGGGUCUGUGCUGACAGAAACCUGGGGCCUCUGCCUCUAGCCCACUAGGGCUGUCUCCCUGAUUCCUGCCAUUCACUGCUCCAGUGAGGACCAGAUGGUCCCUAGCUGCUCUUGAAUUGGGCUUUCGAGGUACCAGGCUUGUCUGCUAGCAUCUCUGGGUCCAUGGAGACCUGGCAGAAAAGCUCCUUCCGCAAUGCCUCCUUCUUCAAGCGGCUGAGCCUGGGGCGGCCUCGGCGACUCCGGCGACAGGGCAGCGUGCUUAGCCAGGCCAGCAUGGCUGGCGGGGACCAUGAGGAGUACAGCAACCGAGAGGUCAUCCGGGAGCUACGAGGGAGGCCGGAUGGCCGGCGCCUGCCACUGUGGGGGGAUGAGCAGCCCCGGGCCACCCUGCUGGCCCCACCAAAGCCCCCACGCCUCUACCGAGAGAGUUCCAGCUGCCCCAACAUCCUGGAGCCCCCUCCGGCCUACACUGCUGCCUACUCGGCUACCCUGCCCUCGGCACUCCCCCUCCACCGAUACUCCGAGGAAGACCUUUCAGACACUGUGGCCUUGCAGAGGACACCUGCUCUGGACCUCAACGAUCCCUUCUUCUCCUUCACAGUGGACCUGGGGAUUUCACUUCUUGAGGAAGUUCUACAGAUGCUGAGGGAGCAAUUUCCCAGUGAAGCCAGCUUCUGAAUGGGGUGUGGGUGGGCAGAGGUGGGGUGACUGGAAGAGCCAGAAGCCUGGGGACCCAGGGAAGGAGGUACAGGUGUGGAUGAAGAAGGUAAGGAUAGGAAUCUGGGUCCUGAAUAGUCCUCCAAGUCACCCCAGGGGGCAGGGACAGAGGCAGAGGCAAGCUGGAAAUGUCGUGAGGGGGGCACUUGCUGGCAGGAGCCCUGAAGGCAGCUGGCAAGGCUGGGAAAGGGAGGCCACGCCUGCAACCACAGGGACCAGGCAGAGGCCGGCAAACGGGAGGGCAGCAAAGGGGCGAGUCAGGGAGCCGAGGACACAGACCAGGCACGUCAGGUGGUCAGGCCCCUCUGAAGCCGCUGUCCACAGAGAGAGGUUGCAGGGCGAGUGAGUCUAGGCAAAAGUGGUCCAACCCAGGCCAAAGAGAAAAGUGGGGAGACUUGAGGGGAGAGGCAUGAACAGGCUUGACCUCGUCCGUAUGAUAGCCACUAGCUACGUAUGGCUGUUUAAACUUGACUGAAAUUAAGUAAAAUUACAAAUUUAGCUUCUCUUUUGUACUAGCCACACUUCAAGGGCUCAAUAGCCACACAUGACUAAUCGCUACCACCCUGAAUAGUGUGAGGUGAACAUCAACAUGACGGGAGGCAAUUCAAUGGGACAGCAUAUGGACACGGCCUGGAGCCACCAGUGGCAUCAUGGGGGGAGGGGGAAGCCCAUGGGGCCUUCAAGGGAAGGGAGGGGCUGGCAGAGGAAGAGGGAGCCAUGUAGAGAGACAGAGUAUAUAACUCAGGAAAAAAGUCAAAUAAAUCAUCAGCAAAAAGGGGGGCAUGGGAGGCUCAUGCUGCCAACACAGCUGCCUGGGGCACUCCUGGUGCCCCGGGAAGGCGGCUCCAGGAAAUGCUAGCUGAAGGCAGUCACAGCUUGCAAAGGGACGCUUCAGGGAAUUCUCAGAACUGUUAGUGAUCAAGACCCUUGGGAAAUGCAGCAAAAAUGUGGCAGAUUUCCCUCCUUGCCACCCUGAGAACAUGGGACGACUGGAUCAGGGGGCGGACUCAGAACCCACAGCUGUGACCAUGCAGAGGCACGCUGUCUCCAGAGUCCUCCACCAGGGCUGGGGGGGCCCCCACCCUGCUCAAACCCUCUGCCACCUCUGCCCUGCGGUCUGACCAGUAGACUUGAAAGCAGAGGCCAAGGUGGCUGGGCCAUGCGGCUCUGACACCCCAGGCCUCUCGAAGGGUGGCAGAAGGGGAGAGGGACGCUUCCACGCACAUUACUUCCGCAGCCUAACCUGUGGCCACCCUCUUCCUUCCUCUUGAGUGGGUGUGCCAAGCUGACAGGCUCCCCUCCGGAUGCAGGACAUAAUGAAUAAAGCCCUUUAUAACUGGC